AUGAUUAAAAGCCCUCCACCGAUAACGAUUCAAAUUGUAAGAAUAAUCAGAAACCGGCCAUCAAAUGCAUGUCGGCUGCACGUAAGGAGAAUACUGAGUACAGUUGUACUUCCAAGAGUGCGGGGGAUAUCACAGAGCAUGAACCUAUCUCACUGUCAACACGUUAAUAAACCACUGAAGUCCAUCACUGAUAAUGUUUCUAAAUGUAAGAACUUCCAAAAACCCGCUGAAUGCCCGCCAAUUUUCUGUAAGGAUGACAACUUGAAUGGCAAUUUUAGUGGAUGCACCGAUAAGAAAACACCAAAAUGCGGGUGUGUUGUCAAGUCACAAACGCUCUGUCCCUGUAUCCGCAAACCCGUUAAGGAGUUCACUUCGUAUGUGCCUAAAGGGUAG